AAACAAACUGAUAGAUGCUGUCUGCUCUUGUGUUGCGCAUGAAAACAUCGAUCAACUAGACAGAAGUAAUACUCGUUCUGAUAGUCUUUCUGUUCUAAAACAUCUAGGAGGGAAAAAAAGAACCCCUUAUGGCUUCUGAUCCGGCUUCCCACAUCUCGGUUGGGUCCCUUCGGGCCAUCUUCGAUGAUAAUGGCGCCAGUGACAAGGAACCCGUCGUCCAGUGUGUGCAAGUAAAGCCUCUUGCUCCUCAGCCUAAUGGUCAGGAGCGAUACCGGGCUGUUUUUAGUGACAUUUCCAACUAUGUCCAGACCAUGCUAGCUACCCAGGCCAACCAUUUUGUCACAGAUGGGCAUUUGAGGAAGGGGUGCCUAGUACGACUCAAAUCAUUCCAAGCGAACGCUGUCAAAGGCAAAAAGAUCCUGAUCAUUUUAGAUCUUGAAGUCCUUGCUGAACUUGGUGAAUACGAAAAAAUUGGCGAGCCGAAGCCACUCGAAGCGAAAUCUGCAGACGAGGAAAAAACGACACCAACUGUGAUAUCCAGUAAUGGCUUCUAUGGUGCCAAGGCCCAUCCCGCAGAGGAUGGACUCCGUCAAAGGUCCGAGAACGUUCGCUCGGUAUCGUCUCCCGCGCAUGCAACCAUAUAUCCCAUUGAAGCCAUAUCGCCAUACUCGAAUAAGUGGACAAUCAAGGCGCGUUGCACAAGCAAGUCAAGCAUCAAAACAUGGCAUCGUAAUAACUCGGAAGGGAAGCUCUUUAGCGUUAAUCUCCUUGAUGAUAGUGGGGAAAUCAGAGCCACGGGAUUCAAUGAUCAAUGUGACCUGCUGUAUGACCUUUUCCAAGAGGGCUCAGUUUACUAUAUUUCAAGCCCUUGCCGUGUUCAGCUCGCUAAAAAACAGUUCUCAAACCUGAACAAUGACUAUGAGUUGACAUUCGAAAGGGACACCAUUGUAGAGAAGGCUGAAGACCAACAUGAUGUCCCUCAAAUUCGAUUCAACUUCACAAGCAUUGGUGAUCUCCAAUCAGUAGAGAAAGACACGACGAUUGAUGUCAUUGGCAUCUUGAAGGAGGCCGGGGAAGCUUCCCAAAUUACUUCAAAAACAACGAAUCGACCUUACGACAAGCGUGAGCUUACGCUAGUCGAUAACACCGGCUUUUCCGUUCGUCUCACUAUUUGGGGCAAUACAGCUACAAACUUCAAUACGAUGACAGAGUCAGUAAUAGCAUUCAAAGGCGUGAAAGUUUCCGAUUUUGGGGGGAGAAGCCUUAGCCUACUGAGCUCUGGUACGAUGACUGUCGACCCUGACAUGGAUGAGGCCCAUAAACUCAAGGGAUGGUAUGAUGCUCAAGGUAGAACCGACACCUUUACGUCACAUGCUUCGAUGCCAGGGGCAACAAUGUCUGGGGGUGGAAAACUUAGCCAGUACAAGACCAUUGCACAGGUCCGAGAUGAACAAUUGGGCAUGUCAGAAAAUGCAGACCUCUUUUCUCUCAAAGCAACCAUUGUCAACAUCAGACGAGAAAAUGUGAGCUAUCCUGCGUGCCCUUCGCAGGGGUGCAAUAAGAAAGUCAGUCAGAUGGAUCCUGGGCAAUGGCGGUGUGAGCGGUGUGAUAAAACAUAUUCUCAACCCGAAUAUCGGUAUAUCAUGCUCCUCUAUGUUAGCGAUCAUACUGGCCAGUUAUGGCUCAAUUGUUUUGAUGAAGUUGGAAGACUUGUAAUGGGCACAACAGCCGAUCAAUUGAUGGAAUUGGAAGCAGAGAACAACCAAGCAGUUGAUGAGAAGUUCCAGGAAGCUAAUUGCCAGACGUGGAAUUUUUGGUGCAGAGCCAAAAUGGACCAUUAUGGGGAACAGGCGAGGGUCCGAUACCAAGUCUCUUCCGCCAAGCCAAUCAAUUAUUCGGAAGAAGCCACUCGUUUGUCUGAGCUCAUUCAGUCUUACAGCUUAGCAUGAAACCUUAUCAAUGUUGUUUUAACAAGGGCUUUCACUACCUUUCAUUACCCAUGGACUAUGAUCAUGAUUCUCACGCUGUGGUUAUUCAAGUCACGAGAUGAUCAUGCUCCUACCUGUUUAAUUGUGUUCACGUAUCUCAAGUAAUUCAUCCCCUGGCUAAUGACUGUUACUGCACAUCAAAUUUUCUCGCAUUCUAGUGGUAUGGAUUGGCUUUCUAAAUUUCUAUAAAGAUAACGUCCAUGUUUUAUUUACAAAUUCUUGUGAUGGCGCCUGUUAAUCAACACUGCAAGUCUACUGGGAACUAGGAUUGAAAUUAAUAAUAAAUUGCGGAUUCGCCAGGAGUAGUUUAGAGUUGGGGUUGCCACUAGGACAAAAAUG